UUUUUUCCAACCAAAAUUCGGUGAAAUGGAUCUGCAACCUUGCCAACAUAAACUGAUCUUUAGUCCGUAGGCCAGAUUACUGGCAAUGAGUGGCAAGAUAGGUCUAAACAAAGCACCCCUCACCUAUCAAUUGAUCUGAUGAACGAAUUCAGGUCAGAGGUAGGCCUUAUUAUCUAUGCAAUCACGAUCAAGCAUUGCAUAAAUAGAUGAGAUGAACUAGAAACAUUUUCACUGCAGAAGACAAUAAGAAGAAGACAUUAAAGAUGUUUCUGGGCUUCUUCAACGCUAAAUACAUGGUUUUACUCUGUGCACUGGCAAGCCUCACGUUUGCCAAACAAAGGGAGAAACAUAUGUGCGACACUGGUUUGAUGAUCUCCGAUGACUUCUAUGGCUCUCAUUCAGAGGACAUGGAGGGAAAUGGCAACAUCCACACCCGCUCACUCUCUGCAUGGACCUGGAUACCAAAGAUUUCACACGACAGAAUACCACAGGUCAUCUAUGAAGCACAGUGCAAAUCAGAAUAUUGCACCCUUCCUACUGGUGUGGAUGAGAGACUGAACUCUCUACCCAUAUAUCAGGACAUCCUGGUUCUGAAACAGGAUUCAAAGGACAAGAAGUGCUUCAGGACAACUUUUGAGAGAGUAAUAGUGGGCUGUACAUGUGUCUGGGCCAAAACUUCCUAAAAUGACUAGCAUGUUUCCAUGUUAGAAUGAACGUAUUUAUUUGUUCCAAUGAAGCCGAGACAUUUUAACAGAUUUUAAUUUAUUUUG